UGCUUUCUUAGUUUUUUUUUUCCUUUGUUAUAGAAUCCUUAAUCUGUUUGCUGGCAAUGUUCUAUCCACUUUCGUCUCAAUGCACGAAAGGGUUCUGAUUACUAGGGUUUGAAAUGUGUGGCUGUAGAUAUGCAUUCAAUUUCUACUCUUUAUAGUUCUCUGUGUGUGUGUUUUAAAGUUGAGUUUCUUUGAUCUUUGCCUCACUAUUUUCGUCCUUCGUUUUUCAGGUCAGUUAACCAUUUACUUAAGGCUGCAAAUCUCUCUCUCAGUGUUGAGUUCACUGAAGGAGUGAAGAGUUCCUGCUUGGUUGAUCAUAAUAUACUUUAUCUGCAAAUGUCAAGCUUACUUAAUUCAUCAGUAAACGGAUCGGGUUCGAGUUUAUCCGAGGGUUCAGGGAGAACGUUUGCUUCUUCUUCUUUCUCUGGUCUCUCUGGGGCAGCUUCUCCACUUUUCCAUCAUGCUGCUGGUUCUUCUGUUCAGGGCCUUCAUAACAUUCAUGGAAGCUUUAAUGUUGCCAACUCUGGUCUAAAUGGUCUUGCUUCUGCUGGAGUCCAACAACCAAAUGGAAGAUUUGCAUCCACCAAUCUUCCGCUUGGCCUCUCUCAGAUAUCUUACGGUAGCUCUCAUGGACACUCAGGACUCACUAGUAGAGGAGGAGGACUUGGAGUUUCUCCCAUUUUGGGAAAUAUGGUUGGUGGAGGCUCAAUGGGCAGGACUUUGAGCUCUGGCAUAGGAUUAUCUAUCCCGACUCUUGGUUCUCGUCUAAAUUUGGCAGCAAACAACGCAUCUGGAAAUAAUGGACAAAACCCAAUGAUGAGUGGGAUCCUUCCACAAGGAUCUCCGCAGGCAUUUUCUAUGCUUGGAAACUCCUACCCUACAUCUGGAGGACUUUCCCAAAAUCAUGUUCAAGCAAUGAACGGUCUAAGCUCCAACGACAUUUCUCCGUUCGAUAUUAAUAAUGAUUUUCCUCAGCUCACUAGCCGUCCCAGUUCUGCCGGCGGUCAAGGACAAUUGGGGGCUCGAUUACAACAAGGCCUUGGUCUCAGCCCCAUAGUUCAGCAAAACCAAGAGUUCAGUAUUCAAAAUGAAGAUUUUCCGGCAUUGCCUGGAUACAAAGGUAGCAAUGCGGAUUAUCCAAUGGAUUUGCAUCAUAAAGAACAACUCCAUGAGAAUUCAAUUUUAAUGAUGCAAUCUCAACAGUUAUCUAUGGGAAGGUCUGGUGGGUUUAACUUAGGUGGAGGAUCAUAUACGUCACACCGUCCUCAACAACAACAUGCUCAAGCUGUGAGUAGUAGUGGAGUCUCCUUUAAUGUCUCUGACAUCUUCUCAUCCUCGCAUCCGUCUUACCACUCUCAGACUGGUGGACCUCCUGGUCUUGGACUAAGAUCUAUGAACUCUGCAAAUUCUAUCACUGGGUUGGGUUAUGACCAGCCCCUCCAGCAAUAUCAGCACCAUCAGAACUCGUCCCAAUACCGCUUGCAGCAGAUGUCAGCUGUUGGCCAACCUUUUAGAGAUUUAGGAUUAAAACCAACAAUGCAAGUGACAACACAGUCAAAUCCUGAUCGUUUUGGCUUGCUCGGUUUGCUUAAUGUGAUAAAGAUGAGCGACCCUGACUUGACUUCUUUGGCACUUGGGAUUGAUCUGACGACACUUGGGUUAAAUCUGAACUCAACAGAAAAUCUUCAUAAGACUUUCGCCUCGCCUUGGUCUAAUGAACCCUCUAAAGGUGAUCCUGAGUUUAGUGUACCGCAGUGUUACUACGCAAAAAAUCCUCCACCUCAACAUCAAGGGCUCUUUGCAAAGUUAUUGCUAGAAACAUUGUUUUAUGUAUUCUAUAGCAUGCCGAAAGAUGAGGCGCAGUUAUACGCAACAAAUGAACUUUACCACAGAGGUUGGUUCUACCACAAAGAACACAAGUUGUGGUUCAUUAGAAUCGGGGAACCUCUCGUGAAAACAAAUGCGUAUGAAAGAGGAUCAUAUCACUGUUUUGAUCCAAGCUCAUUUGAGAUCGUUCAAAAGGAAAAUUCUGUUCUUUAUUACGAGAUGCUGGAAAAGAGACCCUCACUAUCUCAAACACUGAGUGUAAUGUAAACACUAUCCGUUAUUCAGUAUUUUAUAAUGUAAAUUUCCUACCAAAAAUCUAUAGACCAAUGGUUAUAAUGUAAUUUUUCUAAAUUUAGUUUUUUUUUUUGGGUUUACUUAUCUCCUAGUAACAUAUGUAGCCGAAACUUCUUCAAGCUAUAUAUUAAAUUAAUAGACAUCUCUUCUCUA